GUCAUUUGCGUGAGUCUUUCGCGCAUGGUCGACCGGCUGUCCACCCACAACCUAACCGGUUGCUCCAACUGUGCCCCGACCACACAAGGACACUCACUGCGUCCAUGAACGGCAGCAUGGCUGCAUCUUCAAAUCGGGUUAUGCUGGGGCCGUUAGUAGCUGCCAUUGACCAGGGCACAAGCUCUACACGGUUUUUGGUGUUCAAUGCCAAAACAGCAGAGCUUCUCAGCCACCACCAGGUUGAGAUAAAACAGAGUUUCCCCAAAGAAGGCUGGGUGGAACAAGAUCCCAAAGAUAUACUCCAGUCUGUUUAUGAGUGCAUGGAGAGGACAUGUGAAAAACUCACCCAGCUCAACAUAGACAUCUCCAAUAUCAAAGCAAUCGGAGUGACUAACCAGAGAGAGACCACAAUAGUUUGGGAUAAGGAGACAGGCGAGCCACUUUACAAUGCUAUUGUGUGGCUAGAUUUGCGGACGCAGUCAACAGUAGAGCGGCUCAUCAACAAGACCCCUGGACGCAACAAGAACCACCUGAAGCACAAGACCGGCCUUCCCAUCAGUACUUACUUCAGCGCUGUGAAGCUCCGCUGGCUGAUGGAUAACGUGGAUGAGGUCCACAAGGCGAUCCUGACACACCGAGCCAUGUUCGGGACCAUUGACUCCUGGCUCAUCUGGUGUCUGACAGGGGGGAAGAAAGGAGGUGUCCACUGCACCGAUGUGACCAACGCCAGCAGGACUAUGCUCUUCAACAUCCACACCAUGGAGUGGGACCCAGAGCUCUGCAAAUAUUUUGAUAUUCCAAUGGAGAUCCUGCCGAAAGUUAGGAGUUCCUCUGAAAUCUACGGUUUAAUGAAAAUAAGUUCUAGCCUGACAUCCGGCUCGCUCUCUGGUAUUCCAAUCUCAGGGUGUCUUGGGGACCAAUCAGCUGCCCUUGUUGGACAAAUGUGCUUUCAAGAUGGACAGGCCAAAAACACGUAUGGGACUGGCUGUUUUCUGCUGAGAAACACUGGAGCCAAGCCCGUCAUGUCUGACCACGGCCUUCUGACCACCGUGGCUUACAAACUGGGCCGAGACAAACCCGCCUGCUAUGCCUUAGAGGGUUCAGUGGCCAUUGCGGGAGCUGUAGUACGCUGGUUAAAGGACAACCUAGGCAUCAUUCAGACCUCCACUGAGCUGGAGAAGUUGGCUGCUUCUGUAGGGACGUCGUACGGGUGUUACUUUGUUCCUGCGUUCUCUGGCUUGUACGCCCCCUACUGGGAGCCCAGCGCACGAGGAAUAAUUUGCGGCCUGACUCAGUUCACUAACAAAAGUCACCUGGCCUUCGCUGCAUUAGAAGCUGUGUGUUUCCAGACAAGAGAGAUUAUGGAUGCGAUGAACCAGGACAGUGGGAUCCCUUUGUCUCAGCUGCAGGUAGACGGGGGCAUGACCUCCAACAGACUGCUAAUGCAGCUGCAAGCAGAUAUACUCUGCGUACCUGUCGUGAAGCCAUCCAUGCCGGAGACCACAGCUCUGGGGGCUGCCAUGGCAGCGGGGUCAGCAGAAGGGGUCAGUGUGUGGAGCCUUAACCCAGAGGACCUCAGCGAGGUCACUUCCGAGAAGUUUGAGCCACAGAUCAACCCGGAAGAGAGUGAAUUUAGGUAUGCUCGCUGGAAGAAAGCUGUGCAGAAAUCCAUGAACUGGGAGACCACAGAGCCCAUCAGCAAUGGAAACGGUGAAACUAGUAUCUUCAGUAGUGCCCCACUGGGCUUUUACAUACUGGGUAGCUUGUUUAUGUUAAUUGGAGCAAAAUACAUUGCAGACUGCUAGACCUAAGAAGCCACGUUGUAGUGAGAGGACAGAGAGAGAGGGGGACCUGUCCCCAGAUCCUUCCUGUUUGCUUCCACCACCGGCCUCCACAGCUGUGGUGCUACACGACCACAGCCUACAUGAACAUUCCCAACUGAAAACCAGAUGUCCUUAGAGCUUGGAUGUCAUUCUGGACAUCCACUGGAAUUAACUUGUAAAAUGAGUGAAUGAGUGAGUGAACAAGUCUUGGACGAGUGACAUCCCCAGAUCCUAAUGCUUCCUGUGAGUGAAUGGGACAUGGUAUGGUGUAGAUUGUGAUGUGUGCAAUAUAUUUCCAGUGUUAUGUUUUUGUGUGGCUUGUUUUGUAAAGCAGUUAAGAGCGUCAUUCAUGUUGACAUGGUUCCAUCCUCUGUACUUCCAAUCGUGUGUGAGCCACAGCCUCUGUAGAAAGGGAUCCUGUAUCACAUGUAGAAUUGUCCUGCUUUGGUCAUUACAUACCUCCAUCACUGUUGUGCAUGAAUUCAUUGCAGUAUCUUCUUGGAAAUGUGAUGUUAGGGACUGUCUCCACCAAUGGCUGUUUGGGAUUUUAGAGCACUUUAUAGAUGUUUGUCUGGUGUGCGGUGUAAAAAGACUGACCAAGCUCUAUCUUUUGUAACACUGUUUUGAAGGGAAAAUUAAUAGAUUUAUAGACCUUUAUUUGCUGUGCUGCUUUUUGAGGCCAGAGUGAGAUGUGAAAAUCUUGGGGAAAUGGUAUACACUGCUUGUGUAAGUUGUUUUGUGAAUGUAAGCAUGCUGUUGGACACCCAUGACUUUUACUUCCUAGAACUUGAUU